AUGGCCCCAAAUGUUUCAAUAUCCUUAAACCCACCGUACAAUGGGGAGUUUUAUAGUUCUAAUGAUCAAAUGUCAGGGGUAGUUAACCUUCAGUUAACAAAAGCGCUAUCCAUAAGGAAAAUUUCCGUUAUCCUAAAGGGAUUCUCAGAGACUUUAACAAAGAUUGAUCAAGAGUACAUGUUUCAACAAAACGGCAUGAUGAUGCCUGGGCAGGAUAACAAAUCUUUUCAUACGUUGAUGAAAUUUGAACAGAGAGUUUUCCCUCCAGAUAAUGUAUGGAAUGCUCUUGAUGGAUCCUCCAAGCCGUUCAAAGUUAAACCAGGUUCAUACAAGUACAGCUUUCAGUUUGACAAGUUUCCUAGAAAACCUGAUUGUUUGAAAAAUCAUACGGCAAAGACAAUAGCGUUCGUGACAAGGAGUAAUGCAAGACUUCCACCUACAUUCAACAGUCAUUGGCAGGAAUUUAAUAAGAUCGAUAACUUGGAUUUGUAUUUUUAUUCCUUUGGAAAAGUUAUAUAUAUGGUGCAAGUCCAAAUAGAGUUAGGGAAAUCUUCGUCUUGGUUUAAGCCAUUCCAUAAAUUGAUAAGGGAAAUUGAGACAUUUGAAUUUAUACCUGAGCCAAAGGACCUUAUUAUAGAACCUGAUGAAGAUGAAGAUGAAGAACUUAUUGGCUUCAGUAACAAUAGCAGGGGCAAUGGUAUAGGUGUUAAUAAUGAAUUCUUUAAUAAUUCAAAUUUAAAAGUUCCAUCAAAGGAAGUAAAAGUCGUCAAUGGGGUCGGAUAUAUAAAAAGUGACAGAAAUUUCUCUCAAGCUAGUUCUAUAUUGAUAGAGGAUGGCGACAUUAGAACGAGACCCGCAUCAUCAGCAAUAUUAACAAGUCAAUCUUCUCGUCUAGCGAAUGGUAUGAAAGUUUUCCCAUCGACUUAUAAAAUAGGGUUACCUGAUGGGGAAAGCAAUAUGAGGAUAGAAGUUAGAAGUCGCGAUUUGAAGCAAAUAUACAGGAAGGACUAUCUGUUUAGAUCUGGUAGCCAAAAUUUUGACAAGGUAUAUGUAGUCAUGGAAGGAAACAUAACGAGCUUGAGCAAGAUGCAAAUUGCCCCACUCAAACUACAACUGAACUUGCUAGAGACUACAACGUACUUAUCACAGGGAAUAGCCAACGGGAAUUAUUCUUCUUUAAAACUAAUUGAAAUUGAUUUGAAUCAGGUCAAAUCCAGCAAGCCCCUUCUGGACUUGAACGAUAUACGAGAAAACUCUAAUGGCUCCAUGUUUGAAUGUGAAUUACGAUUGAGGGAUCACCCCAUUUUAAGGAAGUUGGUAUUUAAUGAAGAAGAUUAUAGGCAUCGCGGCAAUAGACUAUAUAGUUUCAAGACGUGCACGAUAAAAAGAAUAUUCAGUCUACAGCUUUUGAUAGAAUGGGGAAUCAAUGGAAUUAGGAAGCAAUCAGAAGUGAAUGUUAACCCUGUUCAGAUCUUUUGUCAGGUUAGGGAGCAUAUUGAAGCUGAAGCGUUGCCCAGAUAUGUGCCGCCACCAACAUACACUGAAAUGGCGACUUGA